AUGUGCAUUUGGCUAAUCAACUAUAAUUCUGGUGAUAUUGUUAAUCAUUCUAUCAUCUAUUUAUUUGGCUUUGAUAAUUCCUAUGAUGAAAUCAUCAUUGCUGCUAAUGGUGAUACAAAAUUAGAGUGGCCUGUUAUUAAUGGAUUUUUUAAGAUAUUUGUAGAACUUCAUGAAGGUGUAAAUAUUAUUCAACUAUCUACAACAAAAAGUCAUUUAUCUUUUACAUUGAUUUAUCAAUCUAUUAUUACUGAAAAUUUUAUUCAACUUGUCUAUUUAACAAGUGUCAAUGAAAAUGAUUCAUUAUUUGAACAUAUACCCCGUUUUGUAUACAUGACUAAGAUUAUACAAUGUGUAUUAAAUGAAAUAUUAUAUAAACAAACGGGUUAUCGAAGAACAUUUCAGAUUGAAACAACAAAUAAAAUACAAUGCCAUUGUGUUAAAUUAAUUAAUAAAAAAGAUUUCUAUAUGAAAAUGAAUGGAGAAGAUUUAUAUCGACAAAUUUAUUUAGAAUCAAAUAAUGUUAUAUCUAAUAGAAAUAAGAGUAGAGUUAUAGCACUACUAUCAUUCUUAACAGAUAUUAAUGAUGAGUUUAAAAUGAAUGAAACAUCUGGAACAUGCGCAUUUGCCUAUGAUACAUUCACUGUUAUUAGUAUACCUUAUUUUAUUAAUUGGCCAAAAUCUUUAAAUGAUUUCUGGAAUAUUCUUAAUGUAAAAUCAAAUCAUUUUUUUUAUUCUGUUGGCGUUUAUUUACAUGAAUUAUGUCACUUAUACAGUGUUCAACAUGGUGAUAAUGAUAAUAUUAUGUCUCAAGGUUUUUCAGCUGCACAAAAUUUUUUUCUUGUUACUGAGCAGAUGUUAACAAUUAUGUUAAAUGGUCAAUGUUCAUGUUAUCAUAUGUCCUUGACUAGGUUAUCUGCAAAAUUACUAUAUGAAAACGGAAAAACUCAUCGUAUACAUGAAAAUUACUAUGAAUGUAUUUAUAAUUAUUGUCGUUUCCCUAUUGUAUUUUUGAAAAACAGAUCAAAACCAUCUCAGUGUUAUUGUAAUGGACGUUUUCAAUUUCAAAUUGAUCAUUGUGAUCUAUUACUAAAACAGUUGUGA